AUGCCAAUUACGGAAGAAAAAACAAGUAAGAAAAAACAGGAUGCAAAGCGAAUUAAGAAUAAUGAAAAGGAAUUAGAAAAGUUAAUUUCAGAAACACAGAAGAUAUUAGACCAAGCCAAAAGUAAAAAAGUAAUCCAUGCAAAUAAAGCCGCUCAUAAAAAAAGCCAAUGA